UUCUUUUGCUCGGUAUACACACGCAUACACGCAUACAUAUGCACACCGCUGGAAUGCAUACUUUUUUCAUUUACUUGCGUCAAACGACAGGCGUGGAAAAUAAAAUUCGAAGAACAUUCAUAAAAGAAAUUAUCAACGCUAAAUAGGUUAAAGUUACAUUUGAUUGAGGAAUUCAAAAUUUUGGUGGAAAGACAUACUUUAAACAUGCCGCGAAUUAUGAUUAAGGGUGGUGUUUGGAGGAACACUGAAGAUGAAAUAUUAAAGGCAGCAGUUAUGAAAUAUGGGAAAAAUCAAUGGUCCCGUAUAGCAUCAUUGCUUCACAGAAAGUCAGCUAAACAAUGUAAAGCACGUUGGUAUGAAUGGCUGGAUCCGAGUAUUAAAAAAACAGAAUGGUCAAGAGAGGAAGAUGAACGAUUACUUCACUUGGCCAAAUUAAUGCCAACACAAUGGCGAACUAUUGCACCAAUUAUCGGUAGAACUGCAGCACAAUGUUUAGACCGAUAUGAAUACCUGCUAGACCAGGCUCAGAGAAAAGAAGAAGGAGAAGAUAUAGCCGACGAUCCUCGCAAAUUGAAACCUGGGGAAAUUGAUCCAAACCCAGAGACUAAACCGGCGAGACCUGAUCCAAAAGAUAUGGAUGAAGAUGAGCUGGAGAUGCUGUCUGAAGCAAGAGCUCGUUUAGCGAAUACACAAGGUAAAAAAGCAAAACGAAAAGCGCGAGAAAAACAAUUGGAAGAAGCCAGACGUUUGGCUUCAUUACAAAAGAGAAGAGAAUUACGUGCGGCUGGCAUUGGUGGUGGCAAUCGUCGCAAAAUAAAAGGCAUAGACUACAAUGCUGAGAUACCUUUUGAAAAAAAUCCUGUCUCCGGAUUCUACGAUACUUCUGAAGAGCAUGUUGAAAAAAUUGAAUUUAAUUUCAACAAAAUUCGUCAACAAGAUCUAGAUGGCGAGUUGCGUACGGAAAAAGAAGAGCGAGAACGAAAAAAAGAUAAAGCCAAAUUGAAAUUAAAAAAGGAAAAUGGCUUUCCCAACUCGCUCAUUAAUUUUAUAGAACCAGCUCGGAAACGCUCGAAAUUAGUACUACCAAGCCCACAAAUAUCUGAUCAAGACAUGCAUCACGUCAUCAAACUUGGAAAGGCAAGUGAAACUGCAAAAGAGUUUGCAUUGGAAAGUGGCAUUGAAACGACUGAUGCUCUGUUGGGUGACUAUAGCAUUACUCCACAAGUAACAGCGACACCUCGUACACCAGCAAUGAUAACUGAUCGAGUGAUGCUGGAAGCACAAACAAUUAUGGCAUUAACACAUGUUGAAACUCCACUGAAAGGAGGGGUAAACACUCCGUUGCACAAAACUGACUUUUCUGCAAUCAUGCCAAAGUCUCAAGUGCCUACUACACCAAAUACGCUGCUAGUAACCCCAUUCCGAUCAACAACAAGUGUGGAUACAGAUGGAUGUCAAAUGACAACGGAACACAAAAAGCAUGACAAUGAUCAAGCUGUUACACCUUCUUUAGCACGAGAUAAAUUGAAAAUAAACAAUGAAGAACUUAUUUCCGAAACACCAAUAGCAACGAAAGAAUAUCAGAAGCAAAUCAAAGAAUCGCUCCAAGAGAAGCUUUCUUCUUUACCUCUACCAAGAAAUGACUAUGAAAUCGUUGUGCCAGAAGAAAAUACGGAAAAAGAGAAGAACAAUGUAGCAGCUCCAGUUGUAGACGAUCAGUCUGAUGUUGAUUUCAGAAUAAUAGAAGAAGAACAAUCAUUAAAAAAAACCGAAUUGAUUCACCGUUCUCAGGUCAUACAGAAAAAUCUUCCUCGACCAAUUGAAAUCAAUACAACAAUUUUACGCCCACCAACUGACAUGAUAGGUUUAACUGAUCUACAAAGAGCAGAGGAACUGAUUAAACAGGAAAUGAUUACAAUGCUUCAUUACGAUGCAAUGUUAAAUCCAGUCGCAUACAGGACAAAUGCUCCUACUAAAAAAACUUUCUCGGCACAACAAUUACAAUCUUACUUGGAACAAAAUCCAUACGAUGAAUUUGAAAACGAGGAAUUGAGAAAUUCAAAAGAUUCCCUUAAUGCAGAAAUGGUUGUUGUUAAGAACGGAAUGGCACACGGUGAUCUUUCUCUCGAAAAUUACUCUCAAGUAUGGCAAGAGUGUUUGAGUCAAGUUCUAUACUUGCCAAGUCAGAAUCGAUACACAAGAGCGAAUUUAGCAAGUAAAAAGGAUCGUUUUGAAGCAGCUGAACGUAGACUUGAACAGAAUCGCAAACAUAUGGCAAAAGAAGCAAAGCGUUGCGGAAAAAUUGAGAAGAAAAUGAAAAUUCUGACUGGAGGAUACCAAGCUCGUGCUCAGGCAAUUAUCAAGCAAUUGAAUGAAGCAUGGGAGCAGAUAGAUCAACAUGCUUUGGCACUAUCAACAUUUAAAUUUCUGGCAAACCAGGAAAAUACGGCAAUUCCACGUCGAAUGGAGACACUGACCGAAGAUGUAAUGCGUCAAAUGGAACGGGAAAAACAUCUACAAGCCAAAUUUGCAGAACUGCAAUCAUCUAUGGAACUUACAAAUUGAUUAAUGAUUUACUUAAAAAAUCCUUGAAUUGAUGAUUUACUUUCUUAAUACAUCAAAAAAUAAAGAAAAUUUUACAUCUUUUA